AAAAGAAUAUCAGCACUUGUUACAACAGUUGGGUAACCAACUGGCCAACUCUUCUUUAUUCAAUGAUGGUUGGUUACUACAGUUGUGGAAGCAACAAACCAAGCAACAAGCCCUUCAAUUCCAAUACCAAUUGAUCGAAAAGAGUAAACAGUUGUUGAAUCAAGUGAGACAAUUGGGUUGGCAACCCAUUUCAACUCUUGAUAGUUUGCGACAAACUGUUUGUUUUUAUCAAGAAAAUAUACCUACACUAGCCAAUCAUCACGACCUUGUAUUGUUGGAAAGAAGAAUACAUCAAUGGAUCAUCUAUUUGAUACAUGCCAAAAGUCGCUGUAAAAAGGAAAAGUUGGAAUACAAUGCUCAUAUAAAGCAGUUGGAGAGCGAUUGGAAACAGAUUCAGCAAGUCAUCGAAGCUCGUUUCUCCUGCAUGGAAAGAGGAGCAAACAAUUCCAUCCAUUCCUCCUUCUAGUUGUGGACUUGGUAUGGAAACCAAUUCAUUUAGAGUAGUAGACUUCGCUACAGCAAGAGCACAAGAACUGAAACUUCUUCGUGAACAAGUGAAAUCAUUGGGAGGGAAAAAACAACUUUUCCAAAGUUUACCAUGGCACUUGCGGAGGAGGACGAUGAGCCAUCAAACUUGUAGAUUGCCCAAAAAAUGGAAAAAAAAGACACAAGAUAUCGAAAAUAAACCUAGUAUUGGAAAGAACAAAUGUCGUAAAUAUAGAAGAAAAGUGAAAUACUUGAGAGAAAACUUGAAAUCACGCCUUUCAAGACAGAACCGUUUGGAGACCCAUCUCUGGUUUGCCAAAAGAUUUCAUAUGAUACCAUAUUUUGGGUAUCAAGUGCCUUGGUGUAGUGUGGAUCGUAAAGAACGUUCGGCGUAUCGGGCGUUGCGUGACAGAGUAGUAAUAUAUGAUGCGUCUUUGGUGGAUUGGAUAUUGUUGGAAGAUACUCAACUGAACAUUGUAAAGGGACUAUUCAAAGUAUUGGAAACAGAACAAGAGAAAAAGUUGGUUGAACAACCCGAGUUUCUGUUGGGGAAAGCUGUUUUACAUACGUUUGUGGAAAGGAACGAGUACAACUCUGAGGCGACCAUCUUACAAGUUAUUUGGGCUCCAAGGAAUGGUUUGAAUGAUAAUGAGAUAUGUAAAGUGCUUGUUUGUAUUCCAUUUUUGGGUUCUCAUGAAGCUCGAGAUACUUUUAUCUACUCUGUGUUUGGACAAGUGUUUAAAAGAAAGACACUAGCUCUGAAUCGAUUUCAUGUAUUGGGACCUAAGAGUUUAGCAAUGAUUCGUAGAUGCUUUCAAAUAAAAGAAGAAGACGGGUCAUAUCUAAGAAAAGAGGAGAAUGGAAUGCCGAAUCAAGUGGAUAAUACACCGGGAUUUCAUAUGGGAUUUCCACAUUUCUGUCCUUUCUCAGAACGACAAAAGGACGCUAGUUGCGAUUGGUUGGAAGAUUUUGAACGAUGGAUGAUAGAGGAGACUUGGAAUUCUAAUGUUGCCAAGGAAAGUUGUCAAAUUCCUGUCGUCCUCAUUUCUCGUCCUUUUCAAUCUAGUUCCGGGAAUUCGAUUGGUAGAUGGGACAUUCUUAUUCCUAGUGGUCUUGGUGCUAGUUUUUUACAUGCUGCACGUCAUAUGGGUGCACAAGCUAUAGGAUUGAAAGAAUAUCGUAAGAUAUUUUUCGAAUGUGAAAAAUUGCAUUUUCCUGAAGACUUUCCACAAAGUACUUUUUUUAAAGAUAUUGUGGUUAGGAAUGCUUGUGAAAAUUUAGAAGCUUUGUUCAAAAAACCUCCCGCUAAGAGAGGUUCGAAUCAAUUGCCCUUUUCAGUGUUUCCCCCAUUGUGGAAUCAAAUCGGAAAAUCUCCGAUGGAAGCAGUCCCAAUUUGGCACUCUAUGAAAAAUAGGCUUCUCCAAAUAGCAAAUUAUUGUGAUUCUAGCCAAGCGCUUUCAUUGAUGCAGCAUUUGAAGUCAUGUAGCUACUGGUCAGAAGAUGCCCUUUGGAAAAAUCCUAUUUUAAGAAACCUUGAUUAUGAAACACUUGUUCCAGUAUUUAUCGAACUUAUUGGGAAAGGCAAGGUUUCCUCUUAUGCACCAUUCUUUUUACCAGGCGAUCAAGACGCGUCUUUGUUCUCUACAUUCAAAAAGUCGUCCCAGAUGCAAGGGCGCAAACUCGUGGGAUAUAUAACCCAGACAUCUUACUCUUUCGCCAAAGGCUGUAUUUGCUGUAUCGGUUACAUUUUUUCUAUUCAUCAAACAGGAGAAUGGCAGCCAAUAAUCGUACCUCGAACUAUAGACUUCGCGGAAUUUAUUCCUGCAAAAUGUAGAAAACUUAACACUGAAUUUCUUUUCGAUUUUUAAUAAACAAAUAAACUUCUUAUUAAAUAAUUUUAUUUGUUC